AUGGAUGAAGGCACCUUUCCACAGACGGAGGUGACUCAGUGGAAGGGGCAGGAGAUGGAAGAGCAGGACCCAGAAGGACCUGGGACUGGCAAGAGAGCAAGCAAAGGGCUCCUUCCCCUCCAAGCUGAGAGUGGUGCUGAAUUCUGGGAAAGGGCUGUGCCAGAGAUUAUGUCUAAGGACACUGUGACCUCAGAAGUGCAUUGCAAACUCUUCCGGCAGUUCUGCUAUGAUGAGUCUGAUGGGCCCCGAGAGAUGUGGGCCUCAUCCAUGAAGAAAGAAGUUGCAAUCCCUGAGGCGGAAGGAGCUUCCUUGGAGCAAGGGCAGAGGGCACAGACCGUGGAGCGUGCCCAAGAUGCCCUCUCUUGUGGCAGUGGACAGAUGCUGUUGAAUGGUCGUCUUUUCAGAGGUGUGGAAACAGCUGCUGCAUCUCCGGUCCAGGGUCCCUUUACCUUUGGGGAGGUGUCCAUCUCUUUCUCCGAGGCUGAGUGGGCCCUGCUGGAUCCGGGACAAAGAGCUCUCUACUGGGAAGUCAUGCUCGAGAACUAUGGGAAUGUGGCUUCUCUGGCAGAGGAUGGUCAGAGGAAUGAGGAGGGACUGCAUCCACAACUGCCAGACAGAGUUAAUAAUAAAGGCAUGAAAGGAAACAUCAGGGAUAAAAGCAUACCUAAGAGAAAGAAAGACAGCUGUUUGGUUGAGAAGAGAAGUGGAAGAAAGCGUAACAUACAUUUUCCAAAGCACAAUGUAAUGAAGACAAGUAAAACCAUUCAGUGUGGAAAGUACUUCAAAUAUAGAUCACAGCUUCCUGUGAAGCAAAGAAUACACAGAGGAGAGAAACUUUCAGAGUAUGGAAGGAAAUUCAAUCAGAGUAGAAAUCUCCAACAGCAUAGAAUAUGCAAAGAUGAUAACCGUUUUGAAUGCUCAGAGUGUGGAAAGAGAUUCAAUAGGAAUGGCCAUCUUCAACUGCAUCAAAGAACCCACACAGGAGAGAAACCUUUUGAAUGUUCAGAGUGUGGAAAGAGAUUCAGUCAGAGUGGCAGUCUUCACUCACACCAAAGAACCCACACAGGAGAGAAACCUUUUGAAUGCUUAGAGUGUGGAAAGAGAUUCAGUUGCAGUGGCAAUCUUCAAGAGCAUCAGAGAAUCCACACAGGGGAAAAACCUUUUGAAUGCUCAGAGUGUGGGAAGAGAUUCAGUCAGAGUGGCCAUCUUCAAAAGCAUCAGAGAACCCACACAGGGGAGAAACCUUUUGAAUGUUCAGAGUAUGGAAAGAGAUUCAGUCGGAGUGGCCAUCUUCAAAAGCAUCAGAGAACCCACACAGGGGAGAAACCUUUUGAAUGUUCAGAGUGUGGAAAGAGAUUCAAUCGGAGUGGCCAUCUUCAAGAGCAUCAGAGAAUCCACACAGGGGAAAAACCUUUUGAAUGCUCAGAGUGUGGGAAGAGAUUCAAUAGGAAUGGCCAUCUUCAACUGCAUCAAAGAACCCACACAGGAGAGAAACCUUUUGAAUGUUCAGAGUGUGGGAAGAGAUUCAGUCAGGGUGGCCAUCUUCAAAAGCAUCAGAGAACCCACACAGGGGAGAAACCUUUUGAAUGUUCAGAGUGUGGAAAGAGAUUCAAUAGGAAUGGCCAUCUUCAACUGCAUCAAAGAACCCACACAGGAGAGAAACCUUUUGAAUGUUCAGAGUGUGGAAAGAGAUUCAGUCAGAGUGGUAGUCUUCAAUCACACCAAAGAACCCACACAGGAGAGAAACCUUUUAAGUGUUCAGAGUGUGGGAAGAGAUUCAGUUGGGGUGGCAAUCUUCAAGAGCAUCAGAGAAUCCACACGGGGGAGAAACCUUUUGAAUGCUCAGAGUGUGGAAAGAGAUUCAGUCACAGUUCCACCCUUCAGAAGCAUCAAAGAAUCCAUGCAGCAGAGAAACCUUUUGAAUGUUCAGGUUGUGGAAAGAGAUUCAGUCAGAGUAGCAAUCUUCGACAGCAUCAAAGAACCCACACAGGAGAGAAACCU